CCCUCUCGCUGUUCCGCUGUGGAGAUAUAAUCGCAGAGUUGACCCAGAAAGCGAUCUGCCGUAUCAGGGACUGGAGCAGAGAGAAGCAGCAGCGCGCGUGCCUGGAAUACCACGAAAACGCCAGGACACUCUUCAGAAAAGGAAGAGAGAUAUUACACUGCAUCACGUCCAAACCAUGGCUGAUCACAUGAUGAUGCCCAUGAGUCAUGGGUUCCGCAUGGGCAUGAGCAAUCACCCUCAGCAUAUGGGCCAGCCAGGCAUGCGUACCCUCCCGAACGGCCAGCUGAUGCACUACAACAGAGGGCCACAAGCUUCCUUGGAGGCAGCAAUGAGGCAGCGGGCCGGCAUGGGGCCCAUGAUGAACGGACAGAUGGGGAAUGGGCAUCACCACCAGAUGCAAACGGGUAACAUGAUGUACGGAGGAGCGAACCAGCAGCCAGGGCCACAGCACCCUCAAGCUCAACAUCACAUGCAUCCACAGAGCCAGCCACCGCAGCAGCAUCAGCAGCAGUAUAUGAGUGGAGGAGGUCUAAGCACAUCUCAGCAGCUUAUGGCCAGCAUGCACCUGCAGAAACUCAACACCCAGUACCACGGGCAUCCUCUCGGCCCUGGCAAUGGACACCACAUGGGACCCGGUGGUCCGUACAGGAUGGCUCCAAACCAUCUGGCAGGCAUGCAGAUGGGAAUGGGUGGGGCAACGUUGGGCCUCAACGUCAUGGAUACGGACUUGAUUGACGAGGAAGUCCUCACAUCUCUUGUGCUAGAACUGGGCUUGGACAGGGUGCAAGAGCUGCCCGAACUCUCACUGGGUCAGAACGAGUUUGACUUCUUCUCAGACUUUGUGUGCAAGCAGCAGCCUAGCACUGUCAGCUGCUGAGCAGACAAUUAGAAGUGGUUUCACUUCAUAUCUGUUCCAGUCAGUGAUGAGUAGGUUGCUUGUAUAAUUCUGAGGACUUUUUGCAAGGGAAGCCAGUUUUACUGGUCUGAAGCGAAAAUGACUUUGUCUGUAAAGUUAUGCUAUAUAUACACACACCGUAGUACACUCUGGCCUGACCUAUUUGUUGGCAAAUGAGAAGAAAGAAGGGAGUUCUCUCUGAAUUAUCACUGCUCGUUUAAGGGCUGAACUCUGUGAUUGACCUUUUGUAAGUGUGUUUUUGUGAGGUAGCAGCCAACUUUUUCUAUCAGUCCCCUGGGGUGACGAUGUAGCUCAGUCGGACCAGGGUUGAAUAUGACUUCACUUUAUCAGCCCUGAUUAGAACAAUGCAUAUAUCCUGCCAUGCCUCCCUGGGGCAUCAUUGGCAUUUAGAAAUAUAUUUAUAAUAGUCACCAAAAACUGGACAUUUAUUGAGAUCAUAUGACAAUUCUGCUUUAUAUCAGACAAGCUCCCAGAGGCUUGUUAUGAGAAGAACAGUUUGAGUGAGUAUUUUUGUGUAUUGAAGGCUGGUACUUCAACACCGACUCCGACUAUUCCUUCAUUGCUCUAAAGCUAACGUUUAAGAGCCUAGGAUUGGUGACAUGCUGGAGCUGAGUACAUGUCGUUUUGCACAGUGCUACACUGUUCAUUUUCUCUCAGAUCUGUUGAAUUCAUCAAGAUGACCGCCGUUAGCAUAAGCGUCACAUUUGUCACAGUUGACAUAGUUUGAAUGCUCAUAAUGUUUCUACUACUUCAACUGAAUUAAACCAAAUCAACUGGCUGGCACUAAAGUGUCAACCGUUCACUGUAGGCUGUCUCUUUAUGCUUAUAGAGAUAGCGAGAAACAGCUUGGAAAGCACUGGAAUGUCUUAUUAGCUUCUGUCGCUAACUGCUGAGCCUGCUCCCUGCUGGUUUGUCACAGCUCCAGGACUGCCUUAAACAAGCAGCAUUACUUUCUCAAAAAAAAUAAAUAAAAAAAAACACAAAAAUACCAAUUCCAAUAGUUUUGCUUAAGUGGAAAAUAUGGGGGCUUCACUCACUAGGAAAAGUGGAACUAGAAACGUUUGCGCAUAACAGUUCCACAAUGUCUGAGAGGUAACGUCAUUUACUUUUGACGUCAACUUCUCUAUCCGAAAUGUACGUAGUGCUCAUAUAUGGUCAGUAGAUGUCUUUAGAAUGUCACUAUACUGUGAAUAACUUGAGUUUGACAAUACAGUGCCACUGUGUAAUGUCCCUUAAGCCACAUAUUGCUCAGUGAUAUCUUGUAGCAAGCCGCUAAGUAGAUAAGGACAGCAUUAUAUUCUACGGCAAUACAUUGUUUUUUUGCCACCUGUUUAAAUUUUCCUGUAUGUUGAAUUAUUGUUUGAGACAUUCACCACAUGCAUUGUUGUCCUCAUUACUGGUUUUCAUGCCCUCAUGGUAGCACUCUACCAUGUCUCUCAGUAUAUAAGCUUACGUUGCAGGUUCACCACUGAUUUAACACACACACACACACACACACACACACAUACACGCACGCUUCAUCUUAAUUGAGGUCAGUGUACCCAGUCCCUCCAAUGGCUUCAUAAUUACAAAAUGGAAAUAAUUAAUUAAUUUCUACAUUAUUGCUUUGUUAGUAACUUAUAUUGAACAAUGCAGUUUUUCCCCCGUGGUGAGGUUAUGGUAUUUGCUUAUCUCAGCUGAGCUUUGUAUAGGAAUAACAAAGCUUGUUAAUGUCGAAAGUAGUUCUUUUCCACUGAAACUGUGCUCCACUCCCUUCUUAACCCACCCAGCUCAUGGGAAUAUGCCUGAGCCACAUUCUAGCCUGGGAUAACAAAACUGGGAACCCAGUGAUACACAAGGCCAAAAUAUGUAUUGGACCAUAUCCUGUUUUUCAUACAUUACUGAACAUUAUUCAAGGUCAAAACUGAUAAAAUUGAUGAAUUAAGGACUCACUUAUGUUUAAUGUCCAUUAUGGCCGCUGUUGAAUUCCUAUACUGUAGCACACUAGUGAAGCUGCGCCAUUGGUGAGCAAUAUUUGUAUUAAAAAGGGACUUGGCCAAAUUUAUUUUGUUAAGGGAAGUUUUGUAGGUCUGCGCUACAUACUGUACAUCCAAGUGUUCAGCCACAAUCACUUUGUGUUCCUUAAUCAUUCAGGUGACUUCACCUUCCCUUAUAUCUGUCUAGACUGCAGGCUUACUCCAGACCUAUGAGUAUAUGUUAUAUGAGUGACAUUGUACAUGGACCCCUGGCUUGAUUUAUUUGGCUUUGUUUUAAUUGGUUUCUCUCCAUAACCUCACUCCCUGAAAUGCUUUUUAAAAUGUCGUUGAUUCUAUCUUAAGAAAAUGUAUUUAUUUUCACUGAUAAUAAAAUAUUUAUUUAAUGAA